GUUAGAUCUGAGGAUAGGUGUGAGUUGUUCGCUGUGGCGAAGGAUGCUGAUAAGGUCGAGUCACCCAAGGUGGCCGUGUGGCGUGCUGCUUUAAAGGGCUGGGGAUGGGAGACCAUGUAUAGAGACCCGGUGCCGCACCCCCCUAGUGGUUUCGUGGAAGGUAUCAUGAUUGACGACCACUUAGGUCUUCAGCUCUUGCCGAGACUUCAGAGCCUGAAGGAAACCUUGGCUCAACCGGCGAGGGAUCAGGAGGUCUUCGCGGCUUCGGGCAAAGCUUAUUCUCACGCUGGGCUGCAGGCGCAUCCGAAGAAGGCCGUUCGACGUGGGGUUUGCGCCAAAGUCUGGGGAGCCGAGAUUGAAGGAGAGAAAGGGCUUGUAGGUCCAGUUCGUAGUCGUUUGAUGGCCUUGGGAAGGCUGUCUAGUGAGGUCGCCCGCCCGGGUGCGAUUGACCAGCAGACCUUGGAUGGAGUCUUGGGUUUGUGGGGCUUUUGCGCCCAAUUCCGACGGCCCAUUUUCAGUUUCUUGUAUGAAGCGUACAGACAACAGGGUCCCGGGACUGCCGAAGAGCCGUUCCGCCUUUCCACAGGGGCCCGCAACGAAUUUGCUGUGCUUGCUUGCUUAGCACCUCUGAUGCCGCUUUUGAGUCGGCUUUCCGCCGCCCUGAAAGAGAGCGGCUUGGAUGAGGACGAUGUUCUAGAUGAACAGGACGACUGGAGGUUGUCCAUACCUCCUGCGCUAAAGGAGGGGCCGUGGGACUUCUUAGAACUUUACUCUGGUGUGGUAAAGUCAAGUUUCUUUGGUGGGCGCCGCCUUGCGCCGCGACCGCCUUCAGAAGGCGUCAGGACCCGGGAGCACUUGCUGAGAGGCCGAGUCACCGAGAAGACGCACCAGAUCCGGACGAGUUUGAUUGCCAGCCUGGAGGAGUGGCUCUUGCCUCAGCUACCUGGGAUGACGUUGGAGACCUUGGCUCGAGGGCACUCAGACGUUUUGUCCGAUUGGCUCGAAGAAUAUAUGGUUGCUAUGUUUCUACAACGCCGCAGCCGUCGAGCUGCAGCCGAGACCUUAAAUGCCCUGGCCCAACGGUUUGGAUGGCUGAGAUCCUCGCUUGCCGCGCCGUGGAAUCUGGUGAAAACCUGGGAGCAGUUAGAACCAGUACAACAUCACCCGCCGGUACCCAAGGCGGUGAACGAUGCACUUGUCGUUACUGCUCUGCUCUGGCGGUGGCCGCGGAUGGCGGCUUUGCUGGUGCUUGGCUUUUUUGGAUUGCUGAGGCCCUCCGAGCUUAUUGGACUACGUCGGCAAGAUCUGGCAUUGCCAGGCGACCACUUCGAAGAAGACGUGCUGUACAUCCGCGUGCCUCAUCCCAAAACCAGAUUUCGGGCUGCAACCUCCCAACAUGUUCGAGUCGAGUUUCCGGGUGUGGCCACGUGGAUCACCUUGGUGGUAGGGACGACCCCGAUGUGGAGGCGGAUUUGGAAUGGCUCUUGGGCCUCGUUUAAGCUGAGGUUUGGAGCACUCCAAACUGAGGUUUUGGGCGCUGUCACUUUCCUGCCGUCCUCGCUACGUCCCGGAGGCGCUACUUUUCUUUUCAGAUACUGGGAUGAGGACCUGACGCGCUUACAAUGGCGCGGUCGUUGGAAGUCAUUCCGUAUGCUGGAAACAUAUGUCCAGGAAUUGGGCGCGACCGAG